AUGGACGAGCUUCGCCAUGAAAUUGCUAACAUGCCUCCCAUUACCAAGUAUUAUGCGGCCGCGUGUCUAUUCCUUUCAAUCGCUGUUCAUCUCGGAAUUUUAUCCCCCCUACAGCUUUACUUUAAUCCUUCACUUGUGUUUGGAGAACUCCAGCUAUGGAGGUUGAUUACGUGUUUCUGCUUUUUUGGACAAAUUGACUUCAAUUUCUUUUUCAACAUGUAUUUUGUUUAUCGAUAUUGCCGAAUGCUCGAAGAAAACUAUUACUAUGGACGUUCCGCUGAUUUUCUCAUGAUGUUUAUUUUUGGUGGUUGUCUCUCCCUUGUACGUGCUGCCAUUUUUAUAGCUGGAAUGUUCUUACAAAUGCUCUUUCUCAGCCAUGUCCUGACCAUGAUGCUCGUCUAUGUAUGGAGCCGUAGAAGCCCGUCUGUGCGGCUAAACAUUAUGGGUCUUUUUACAGUCAACGCUCCCUAUUUGCCAUGGGUUUUCUUCGCAAUAUCCUAUCUUCUUGGUAUUGUAAUUGGACAUCUCUAUUACGUUUUGGAGGACGUGUUCCCUAAUCAACCCCAAGGAUUUAAAAUAUUGCGAACACCGACAGUCCUGUAUGCUUCAAUGUUUAUUUUAUACAUUUUCUCAGAAAGAACCUUCUUGAUGGGCGUCGAGAAGAUCCGGCUUAUCGGCCACUUCCAGAAGAACGGCCUGGCGGAUUUGACUGGGGCGCUAAUUGAACCCUUGAAUAAAAUUGUACAUUCUGACCUUAUUUCUCCCACUUUUGUGAAAUUUGCAGGUUUGGUUGGUCUGUUUUACUGCCUUUUUAUUUAA